AUGAUGCAGUUAUUACUCUAUAAUCACGUGGACUAUAUGGAAUACUCCACCGAUGCAUCUGCUUCGAAAGCUAGUAAAAAGGACGACAAGCCCUCUACCAACACUCCUUCCCCGACAGGACCCCAGUAUGAUAGUGUCUGGUAUUCACCACCACUAGACGAUCCCAGCGUAGGGUCACGGAAGAACUAUCACGAAAAACGCGUGGCUCUCCGUUCGUUGAAGUCUGUCAAGGAUCGUAUCGACCAUGACAUUGCGAAAGUUGCUGGGUUCCUUACCGAGACUGGUCAUAUGGAUUCUAGUGAUGAUGAAGACGAUUCUGGUGCUGAAAAUGUGUUUUCUGGAUUCAAGCUUAUAAAGGUGGGGACAGAGGCUGAAUGGGAAAAAGGGGAUGAGGAAGAGGACGAAGAAGACGAACAGGACGAUGACGUUGAGGGUAGGGAACAGAACGGAGAUGGAUCACAUGAAGAAGACCCAGACGAAGAGGAGCUCAUGGAGGGAGAAGAGGAAGAUGAGCGAGACGAGUAA